UGUGUUACACCUUUUUUAAUUUAAAAUUAAUCAUCUUUAUUGUGGAUAAAUUGAAGGCAUGAACAUUUCUAGCGAGGAAGAAAAUGCACAUGAGCAUCAAAGUCCCACAAAAAAGAAGAAAACUGGUCUGACUGGGAAAAAUAAAAACAGAAAGCAUAAUCCAGCAAUUUACAAUGAUAAAUUGGAGAAAGAAUUUCCUUUCAUUAGAGCUCAUCCAUCUGACCCAUCUAAAGCACAAUGCAAGUUGUGCCCUUCAAGCACUACUGGAAGGAGAUCGACAUUUCGCUGUGAAAGAUCUGAUAUCGAGAGGCACCUUAAAUCAGAGCGUCAUGUGGCUAGUUUUAACUUAAUCAAAGCAGGAAAUGCAAAAAGUUUGGAAUCAUUUCUUAGCAAAGAGAAGAUUAAUCCAUUAGAUGAACAAAGACAUCUUAACGAUAUGGACAUAGAAUGUCUCAAAGUCGUCGUGAGAAAUUGUGCCAACUGGCCACCGACGUUUCCAAAUAGGAUGAACGCGAUAUUGCCUGCUUCACAUCUUUCUCCGUCGUCGGAAUAA